GGAGAUUUUCUGCUGUCCGCCCUGUCCAGUAUCUUCGAGGUGCCUGCAGUCACCGUCUAACCAGCCAGACUGUUUGAGAUUCAAGACUCUACUUACUCCCAGGAUGGCGCCAGCUGCGACCGAGGCUAAAUCCUCUACCAUCGACCCUACCAUCCUUGUCCUGCGGAAAGACCUGACCUCCGAGCAUGUCCCUCUCGCGCGCCGAUUCCGAGCCCUCUUCUCCCUCAAACACCUCGCUUCACAGUCUCCUGGUCUACAGUCCACAGCUGCCAUCGAGGCCAUUGCUGCAGCAUUUGCCUCGCCUUCUGCGCUCCUGAAACAUGAACUUGCGUACUGCUUGGGACAGACAAAAAGCCUUGUGGCGGUACCCUUCCUAAGAGGAGUGCUCGAGAACAGGUCAGAAGAUGCAAUGUGCAGACACGAAGCGGCAGAAGCUCUUGGAGCACUGGGCGAUUUGUCUAGUCUGGAACUCAUGAAACAGAUGAAGGACGACGAGAAGGAGCCAGUGGUAGUGAGGGAGACCUGCGACAUUGCAGUCGAUCGCAUUCAAUGGGCACAUUCUGAGAGCAGGAAAGCAGAGGCACUCAAAUCAAGCGACUUUGCAUCUAUUGAUCCUGCCCCUCCUAUGCCUUUGGCAACAGAGACACCUUCGAUUCCUGACCUCCAAAAUAAACUUCUCGACAACUCUCUCCCUCUAUUUCAACGAUACAGAGCCAUGUUUGCUCUCCGAGAUCUUGCUUCUCCACCCGAUCUUCCAACUGCUGAAGCUGCAAUUCACGCCCUUGCGUCCGGAUUCGUCGACCCAUCGGCUCUUUUCAGACACGAAGUAGCAUUUGUCUUCGGCCAGCUUUCACAUCCGGCGUCAAUACCGGCUUUAUUCUCUGUACUCGAGAAUAGCAAAGAGGAAAGCAUGGUCCGUCACGAAGCAGCAGAGGCCCUGGGCAGCCUGGGAGAAGAACCAGGGGUGGAGAACAUGCUGAGGAAAUUCGUCGACGACCCUGAGCAGGUUGUCCGUGAAAGUGUAAUUGUGGCUCUUGAUAUGGCGGAAUAUGAGAAAAACGGCGAGAUGGAGUACGCCACAAUUCCGGAACCGCUUGCUGCAUGAUGGGAUUGUUCAAAUAGCGUGCAUUCUAGGCGUUGGUACACUAGGACUGGA